GAUAGUGAAAGUGCUAAACAAAACAAACUUGAUUCCGCAGCAGGUACAGAAUGUGGAAUUUUUUCGUUGUGUCGCUGGUAGUGCUGUCUCAGCUGCAGCAGCAUGCCUGUAGGAUUGUGCUGGAGACUUCAAUUGAAGAUGUUGACCCAUUAUCGGAGGAGAUUAUGAAAGCUGGCGAGUGCAAACUAUCACUAGCUAACACACUGAGUGCAAAGCAGCCGCUGUAUCUGAUUCCCGGAACGGACAAGUUCUACGUUCCAACACCCAACACCACAGACCUCCUGUUCCGCCAAGGUGAACAGGUAGAAUUGUACUGUACGCGUGGGUUUGCGGACACCGACGAGAGAUCGAUUGUCAGCUCGUGUGACGGAAACAAUGGGUUCAUUCACAACGACGAAGUGCACGAUAUCUCGCAAAUCACCUGCAAGGGUCCGCUGUUCCAUGUGGCUCUUCGAACCAAAGACAGCUGUUUCAACAAUGCAACACUGGUGAAGGUGGGAUUUGAAAUGGAAGCUCCUCGAUUCUUACAGAUGUACGAGGUUUGUUUCGAUGAAAACACCCUCGAACCGUACUUUGUAAAGCAUGGCCUUUCCCCGUGGAACAUCAAACAUCAACCAACGAAAAGGCCUCCCUUCGUGCAGGGGGACUUCUACCCGGGUCUAAAGAUGUCACGACUGUACAGCUUUGAAAAUCAGCGGAGAAAUCUGCGCAAAAUUCUAGGCUCAUCAGAACGUGCCGAUGCGCUGCUGGAUAAACAGAAAGACCUCUUUCUCGCCCGUGGUCAUUUGGCGGCCAAAGCGGAUUUCAUGUACAGUCCCCACCAGCGCGCUACCUUCUGGUUCAUUAAUGUUGCACCGCAGUGGCAGAAAUUCAAUGGCUAUAAUUGGCAGCGCAUUGAAACGGGCGUAAAAGAAUUCGUAGCCCGUCGGGAAACUCCCGUGACGGUGUACACUGGGACGUACGGUGUGCUCGAACUGCCCGAUGCAAACGGCGAUAUGCAGAAGAUCUACAUGGACGUUGAUCCCAACAAUGGAGGGCGAAUUCCCGUUCCGAAAGUUUACUACAAAAUACUGCACGACGAGCAGAACGAUGCCGGAAUUGCGCUGAUUGGGGUUAACAAUCCGCACGCCACACUGGAAGAGAUCGAGAACGAUUAUAUCUUCUGCAACGAUGUUUCCGAGCGGAUAACCUGGUUAAAGUGGAAGCGGCACUACAUUCCGGGCGGGUAUUCGUACGCGUGUGACGUUAAUGAGUUUAACGGCGUAACCAAACAUCUUCCGCUGGGGCAAAUUUCCAACUUAUUGCUGUAGAAAGUGUGGCGCCGGAGAACGGUGCGGUUUAGGUACAUACUCUACUCACCAGUAAGGCACAAGACAGUGCGAUCGCGAUGAUGCCCAGCAAAUGAUUCUGUUUUGGCAUUGUGUGGCGGUGAAAAUGUUUUUUGCGGUUUAUUUGUAACUUCAGAGUGCUUAGUAGCACUGAGCUUUUAUAGUAGAAAAAAGUCACGCUGUAUGAACUUUUUAAUUGAGGCAAUAGUUAUUGUCUAAUUAGAUCGAUGAUGAUACGGGCAGAAUGAUGUAAACUAGUGAUAUUAUAAGUAGAAUUUUGUUUUCGAAUGUACGAGAUUUGAUGCUAUCCACUGCCUUGAUAUUGUAAAAAGUAUCAUAUUAUGUUAUAAGUUACUUCCGGCUCAGAUUUUAUACAGUGAAAUACUAAAUUAAUUUAUUUGCUAACUAUUUACUGAUACAAUCAGGACAGACAGCACGAAACUCUUGCGUCGUUAUGUUUUAGAGUUAAACCUAUGAUUAAAAUAAAAAAACACUUUUUAAACUGUCAUUGUAGUCUGAUACUGUAGAAUGCUAAAAUUGGUAACAAUUUCGAGGCUCAAAAAAUUGUCGAUUGUGUU